UCACCACCUUGGAUGUAGCCACAGUGUUCAGCAUGCAGACUAUUAAGACGGUGGAGACCCAAGUGCCCUUUCUUAAAGAGAGUUUCUUUACCACCACUUUCAAAGGCAGGAGGAAGAGCAGUGUAACCAACAUCCUCCGGAAACAACAACAGCACUCACUCCUGAAUCUACAACAGCAGCAUCAACAAUGCAUUUUAGAGCAGCAGCAUCCUGCAUCCAUUCUUUCCCCUGCGGUCGAAAUUGGACAAGGACCGAGCACUCCAGAGCAUCAACGCCUUGCUCGCUCAAAAAGCAGCCCGUUAUGCAAGACGGCAGAGCGUGCAGGAGCAGAUGGGGAUAGAAAGGAGGAGCAAAAAGGGAGGACGGAUCAGAGAGUGAGCGAGCAUGAGCUGGGGAGGAGGGAGGGAGAGCGGGGAGUGAGUGGUAGUGAGCCCGCGGCUGUCAGUGCCAGUCUCCUCCUACUUUCAUCAUCAGCAUCAGCAGCACUGGGGGAGGCAGCAUCAUUCUCACAGCUGCCUCUAACUGUGGUGGGCAGACAGCAGGGAUCAGAUAGCUGUGAAAGGGCUCUGACCAACAGAAAACCAGCAUUAGUAGCAGCCCCGGAGGAAUCACAGCAUGCCCAGCAGCUUCGACCCCAGCAACAUGGCCUGUUAGCCAAGGGUGUCCGCUUGCUCAGGAACAUGGGGAACCAGGAGGCAAAGCAGAAGAAAGGAGCGGGAAAUGGUGGAGCAGCAGGAGAUGCAGCCUGUGACGAUGAUGCUGAUGAGAGGGAAGUGGACAAGAAAUCCAAAAAGUCCCACAGUAAGUCGAGCAAAGGUGGGGGAGAAAAUAGCAAUAAGAAGAAGUCAAAGUCAGAAUCGAAGGGUUCUGUGUUUUCUGGCAUGAAGAUUAGGAAGAGUUUAUCGAAGGCCAAGGGGUUGUCCAAGGAUGACAUGCUGGAAGAUGGCAGGUCAGCACCCUCGGGCAAAUCAGGGCUCAAGCCUGGUGUAGAGGCGAGUCUGUCAGCUGACGAGAUUGGCUUUCUAUCAGAUGUGGAGGGGGAUCCAAGCCACUUGACUGCAGACAGUCACUAUUCGUUGGUAGAAGAAACUUGUAGGAAAACAAGUUCAGGCUCGGAUGCUGACCUCUACAGUUUUCACUCAGCAGCUGCUGAAAAUGAAGACCUGCUCUCCGACAUCCAGCAGGCCAUUAGAGACCAAUGUGUCGCCAGUGAAAAGGUACUGGAAAUGGUGGCUGAAAGUUUGAUCUCUGAGAGGGACAAACCCCCUGAGAAAGUACCGUCUGAGCUGUGUUCUGAUCUGGAUACAGAUGUUUCCGCUCCCACCGUUGCCAGAGAAUGUGUGCCUCUAGAAGAGAAUCAGAAAUUAGAGAACGACAGUCGCGAAAUACCCAUAUCAAGGAAUUCAUCUGGUCCAGGAUCCUUGAGUGGGAGUGGUCCACCAUCAUCAACCCCAGACACAGAAAGAAGCAGUGGUAGCAUUUUCCCCAAAACAAACAGCACAUAUAGCUUCCAUGAAACUACCACCACCACCAACACCUCAUAUGAGAGCGCUGAGGAGCCCCAGGAUGACCUGGAGAGUCCCGUUUUGCACCCAAAUGGUCAAGGAACUCUGUGUGUGCCAUGUGUCAGGUUGGAUCCUGUGGUGGCAGGAGCAGGGCCGAUUGGGUGUCACAAGAGUGUGAGUAGCAUGGACUUGUCAAUUGAGAGGGAGGGGGAGGAGGAAGACAUUCGAAGACGUGACUUCCUGUCACUGAAAAGGAGGAAGAGUAGUAUGUCUUUCAGCCAGUUAACACCGGACAUCAUCCCUAGUUCUCAGACGAGACGGAAGUCCUCAACCUCCCCGUCCACUGUCAAACUCUACCCUCCAGUCCACCCCUCUUAUGUUAAGACCACUACCAGGCAACUCACCUCUCCAAUUGGCUCUCCCAUUACCAGCCCCAAUGUGCCCAGGAAAAUAGAUGUCACCAUUGGUGCAGUGGAGUCCAGCAGGGCCCAACAAUUUAGGAGGCACAAGCAGAGGUCCUGCUCCAUUGCCGGGCCACUCGGAGUGUCCACGGACUGGCUCACAGAGCUGGAUGAGCUAAGAGCAAGGCAGGGUGAUGGAGCCAAAUUCUCAGAGCCGGAGACAAUAGAAAAGAGUCAAGCAAGCGGGACUUACUGGACUCUGGGCUCCAGGAGAGCACAUCAUGGAAGGAAGAGUUCCAUGUCCACAGGACCCUACCUUGAUGUCUUCUCUGGUCGCACUCUGUUGGACCGGCUGUGCACGCGUCAUGGAGAUGGCUCUACAGAAGAGGAGGCGAAGGAAUUCUGUCACCGAAUGUUGGUCCAAGGUCUGCUGCACCCCUUCAAUGACAGCACCGCAGAGCUACACGGUGAAAGCACUGUAUCCACAGUCUUCAAUGAGGAGCAGCUGUACACGUGGGCCACUGUAGGCCUGCCAGUGUCUUCUCACCUGUGGGAGCUGUAUGGGGGGCGGACCACAGGCAGAGAGCAGAGCUUCAGAUCCACUUUAAAUCAGUCAUCAGCUAAGACCCCAGGAGCCCUCCACUCUCAGACAGAAUCAUGCAGGUUGAAAUCAGGUCAGUCUUCCUCGGAGGAUGAAAGCUGUCUCAUCCCUCAGCUGGAGAGGACCAUCGAUGACCUGCGGAUUAAGAUCGCUCUAUUGCAGGGCCAGCAGGCCUCCUUGGCUAAGGGCGGCCCUGAUAAUACUGGAGCCCCAGGCUCUUCACAGAUGAGAAGGGGGCUGUUAGCAAAGACGAGCAAGGAAAUAUCUGUGCAGACGUCGCCCGUGGAGGAGGGGUUUAAGUUUGUGCCUUCCAGCGGAGGAUCAGGGGCUGUGUCAUCCUCUGUUUCAUCCGCCAUCCCCAAAUCUGAGAGUUUUGUUUGCAUGUGCCAGCAGAAGACUCAAAGCAGCCUCCAACCACCGCCUCCUCCUCCUCCAAUCUUUGGUGGUGCUCCCCCUCCUCCACCUCCUCCUCCACCACCUUUACCAGGAGGUGUUGCCCCUCCUCCACCACCACCUCCCCCUCCCUUACUUGGACUUGGAUCCUGUCCACCACCACCACCUCCACCUCCUCCACCACCAGGUUUUGGUCCUCCACCUCCCCCUCCCCCACCUGGUUUUGGCCCUCCACCGCCACCCCCUCCACCUGGAAUGGGCCCCCCUCCUCCACCCCCACCCCCAGGCUUUGGGCCUCCACCUCCACCAGGCCUCAUGCCCUCUAUGAUGGUGCAGGAAGCUGCCCCUGCCAAGGCAGCAAUCGAGCCCCCCAAGCCAAUGAAGCCGCUGUACUGGACCCGCAUACAGCUGCAUGCUAAAAAACCCAUAGGCUCAAUUGUGUGGGAGAAAAUCGAAGAACCAAGUGUGAACUUUGAAGAAUUUGUGGAGCUAUUCUCCAAAAGUGCUGUUAAGGAAAAGAAAAAGCCAAUUUCGGACACAAUCAGCAAGUCCAAGGCCAAGCAGGUGGUGAAGCUCUUGAGCAACAAGCGUUCGCAGGCUGUGGGUAUUCUCAUGUCCAGCAUUCACCUUGAUAUGAAGGAUAUCCACAAUGCCGUCCUCAAUAUGGACAACACUGUCGUCGAUCUGGAGACUCUGCAUGCCCUGUAUGAAAAUAGAGCUCAAGCUGAUGAGAUGGACGGCAUUAACAAGCAUAUUAAAUCAUCUAAAGACAAGGAGGAUGCCAAACCUCUCGACAAGCCUGAACAGUUUCUAUUCCAGCUAUCCCAAAUCCCCAACUUCUCUGAGAGAGUGUUCUGCAUCCUGUUUCAGUCGACUUUCCACGAAUGUAUCACCUCAAUCCUCCGUAAAGUAGAAAUCCUUCAGAGAGUCUGCAAGAAUCUCCAGACUGGCGAGUGUGUACUGCAGGUGCUUGGCCUGGUGCUGGCCUUUGGCAACUUCAUGAACGGAGGUAACCGGUCUCGAGGGCAGGCCGACGGCUUCACCUUGGACAUUCUGCCAAAACUGAAGGACGUGAAGAGCAGUGAUAACUCCCAGAGUCUUUUGUCCUACAUCGUUGCUUACUAUCUAAGGCACUUUGAUGAGGAUGCUGGCAGAGAGACGUGUGUGUACCCUCUACCUGAGCCCCAGGACCUUUUUCAGGCCUCCCAGAUGAAGUUUGAGGACUUUCAAAGAGAUCUGCGCAAGCUGAAGAAAGACCUUAAUGCGUGCUCAAGUGAGACGGAGAAAGUUUGCCAGUCAUCCUCUGAAGAGGACCGGCAGCCCUUUAAGGACAAGAUGGACGAAUUUCUAAGCAAAGCUAAAACGGAGCUGGAAACACAAGAGGAGCAGCUGGCAGACACUCAUAAGAUCUUCUUGGAGUUGAGCGUGUCAUUCUCCGUUAAACCAAAGGCUGGAGAGAAGGAGGUCUCUCCCAACACUCUGUUCUCUGUUUGGCACGAGUUUUCCACUGAUUUUAAAGACCACUGGAAGAAGCAGAAUAAGAUGAUGUUAAAGGAACGGGUCAAAAUGGCUGAAGAGUCCUUCAAACAGGCCAAGGAGAAGGCCUCCUACAAUGUGAAACCCAAACAUGCAACUGGAAUAAAAGCAAAGCUGGGUCAGAAGUUCUGAAGCAAGAGGAUGGAAAACGAUCAUCAAGCAGCCUAUUGCACAAGCACAGUUUGUACAGUCUUGCAUAGAUUCAUUGGAAGUUUGUACGAAUUUGCCUCCAAUAUUUGAUUUCAAUUAACUUUGACUUGUUUUUUUAUUGUGAGACCCUUCAAACUGGAUAUUUUUGUUUAAAAGUAGAAUGAAAGAUCACCUUUCCACAAACGUCCAUUUUUAAAGGGGCUUUAUGUAACUUAUAAAAAUACUGCGUUUGUAGCGAUACCUCAUGGGCGUUAGUGCAAACUGCACCAGUAACCUGUUGCUCGCUCUCCCUCGCGUGCUCGUCAUACACUCGAUGCUCGUACGUACACAAACGAGCAUCAUCAUCGGCCGGGAAACACUGGAUAUUUACCGGCAUAAUGUUUACAGGGGAGGUAAGUGGUCAUACACAUGUGAAAGUCUGUGAAGGAGUCUGUGUGUCUGUAUUCAUUCUACAUCCUACAAACGACAGUCUCGGCAGGCACUGGCUGAGAGCAGGAGUGUGUGAUGAGUUUGUUCACCUUUGAGAGCUCUUAGGGCGGAUAGAAGUGUGUGGAAGGCGGCCUCUGGCUGUGGAGGUGAAGACCGGGAGUGUGUGAUGAGUUUGUAAUGUUGAUCUCUGUAAGCGUAGCGGAGUGAGGAGGACGUUGAGAACGUUCAUAAAAAGUCACUUCCUGGAGCUUUCGUGGAAAAUAAGACCCGGGGAAAAAUUUUAUACAGGCAACACAGAUAAGACAGUGAACAUCUACUUUUUCACAUCAGUUAACCGUUCGCUUAUUAAUGGGCGAUAAAAAAAACGAUUUAUACAUACAUACAAAAGUUACAUAUAGCCCCUUCAAAUGAAAUAUUUCUGCAAUGAGUAAAUGUAGUGGUUUCAUAUUGAAGAAGAUGCCAGAAAUCUUCCAUUGCAUCCUGAACUUGGUAGCGAUAUAAUAUCGAAGCUUUCUCAUUGUUUAUAAGCCGUAUGUAGCCUGUUUUCUUUAGUGCAAUUCCUAGCCUGGUUUACUAGAAAGGCAUGAACAUGUCAGCUUUAUAUCUUCCUUAAAGGUGAAAAGCACAAGAUUUUAUACGAUUUCUACACGGUAGGUAACGAUUAUCAGUGCCUUAUUGCAAAGCACAGAGGUCAAAUGAGUGCUGUCGAACUGAGCUUCUUUCUGAGACAUAUCCAUUAUUAAAUGUUGCGUGCAUAAUGAAGAAAAAUCUGUUUUACAUGGACUGAAAUACGAUAAUUGUACAUUCCUUUAUUGUGAUAAUUAUACAGCACAUUCUCUGUUGUGGUUCAAUAUCCAUAAAGGCCAUGCAUACCUACUGUUAGUGGUGUGACCUGAAGCAGACGUACUUGUGUUUUAUUCAGCACUUUUGUCUACUUGCUUUGUUUUAAGCAAAAUCCCAUGUACUUAGUUUGUGCCUUUCCUGCUUUGUGUGAGCGUGUGAACUCCCAACAACAACAGGAUUAUGUGACGUGACGUUCAUGUGCAAUACCAACGAUAUGUUUGAUUGGAAAGCCUUCCCCAUACAAACAUAUAUUUAUUAAAUAAAAGACAUAACAUCAA